ACUAGAUGGUUCCGGAGGGGGUGGGUGGAUAGCGGACGGUAACUUCAGCACCCACCCGGUGGGAAACAGCGACAAGGCCAUUCAAGGGAAAAAUAUUGUGGCCAAAAUGGCACACUAAUCAUACGGGUUGGAACUAAGGUCUGACUGUCACCUUUCAGUUUUAACAGAGUUAUUUUUAUUUUUUGCAUGUGUUUUUUUGUGAUAUAUUUUGCCCGGUGAUUGUCAGGAGGAGGGUGAAGUCUCACAGCCGCCAUCUUUGGAAACGGACUAGGAGGGAAUAGAAAACUUUCAUUAUCUAACUGGUUGAGGGGGGGGUUUGUUUAUUUUUUUUUAAUACCAAAAUAUCUUUAGUAUAUAUAUAUUUUUUUCCAAGACCUCGAAUGACCUGUUAUUCUGUACACACGUUAACACAAGUUGUUUUUAUUUUAUUUUAUUGUUUUUACGGUGGACAACAUACAAGGAGUCGGUAUCGGUCAACCUGGAGGAAAAAAGCUCCAAUCUGUCGCUUUCUCUCCGGUUCUACCUGAACCUGGACUCUGAUCGGGGCCCAUGCUCCAGCCCCUCCACUCCAGCCGAUGAGUCGUCGACUGCUCUGGCGUAGACGCAGCCGCGCCCAGAUAGUCCCCUGGUCCUGCCCCCCGCCCUGCCGGGAGACAGCAGACUACAUUACCCAGCAUGCCCUCCUCUGUGCGGGCGGGCAGCCUAAAGGACCCGGAGGUAGCCGAGCUGUUCUUCAAGGAAGACCCAGAGAAACUGUUCUCUGACCUCCGAGAGAUAGGACAUGGCAGCUUCGGAGCCGUCUACUUUGCGCGGGAUGUACGAUCUACAGAGGUGGUGGCCAUCAAGAAGAUGUCUUAUAGUGGAAAGCAGUCCAACGAGAAAUGGCAGGACAUCAUAAAAGAGGUGAAGUUUCUCCAGAGGAUUCAACAUCCCAUCUGUAUAGAGUACAAGGGCUGCUACCUACGAGAACACACAGCAUGGUUAGUGAUGGAGUACUGUCUGGGUUCAGCCUCUGAUGUUCUAGAAGUUCAUAAAAAGCCUCUUCAGGAAAUGGAGAUCGCUGCCAUUACCCAUGGUGCUUUGCAGGGUUUGGCCUACCUUCACUCCCACAACAUGAUUCACAGAGACAUCAAAGCAGGUAACAUCCUACUGACAGAGCCAGGUCAGGUCAAGCUUGCUGACUUUGGCUCCGCCUCCAUCGCUUCCCCAGCCAACUCCUUUGUGGGGACGCCAUAUUGGAUGGCCCCAGAGGUGAUCUUGGCCAUGGACGAGGGCCAGUAUGAUGGAAAGGUGGAUGUCUGGUCCCUUGGGAUCACCUGUGUCGAGCUAGCGGAGAGGAAGCCUCCUCUGUUUAAUAUGAACGCCAUGAGUGCCUUGUACCACAUAGCGCAGAAUCUCCUCCUCCAGAGGCUGGUGAGUUCUCUGACGGAUUACUUUAGAAACUUUGUUGAUUCCUGCCUUCAGAAAAUCCCCCAGGAUAGACCACACUCUGACCAUCUACUAAACCAUGCGUUUGUCCAGCGGGAGCGUCCAGACUCUGUUCUGAUGGAUCUGAUCCUGAGGACCAAAGAGGCGGUCAGGGAGCUGGACAACCUGCAGUACCGUAAGAUGAAGAAGAUCCUGUUUCAAGAAGCUCACAACGGACCACAGGCUGAGACACAGGAUGGAGACGAGGAGGUGGAGCACGGUGCAGGUCGUACAGACACAGUGAACAGUGUGGGCAGUAACCAGUCCAUCCCCAGUAUGUCUAUCAGCUCCCAGAGCAGCUCAGUCAACAGUCUGAAUGAAUCAGCACAGGACGACCGCAGUGAGCUGGACCUGAUGGAGGGAGACCACACGGUCAUGUCCAACAGCUCUGUCAUACACCUCAAACCAGAGGAAGAGGAGGGUUACCAUGAAGACCCAGAGGUGCGGGACCGUCCCACUGAGCCUCCUGACGCCCAACCCCCCAGGAAACACUACAGAGAACGCAACAGAGAACACUUUGCUACCAUACGCACUGCCUCACUGGUGACUCGUGAGAUGCAGGAGCACGAGCAGGACAGUGAGCUGAGGGAGCAGAUGUCUGGCUAUAAGAGGAUGAGGCGGCAGCACCAGAAGCAUCUGAUGGGUCUGGAGAACAAGCUGAAGGCUGAGAUGGACGAGCAUCGGCUCCGUCUGGACAAAGAGCUGGAGAGCCAGAGAAACAUCUUCGCCCAGGAGAUGGAGAAACUGGUCAAGAGACAUCAGGCCGCUAUGGAGAAAGAUGCGAAGACCUUUAACAACGAUGAGAAGAAGUUCCAGCAGCACAUUCAGGUCCAGCAGAAGAAAGAACUCAGCAUCUUCCUGGAGUCUCAGAAACGAGAAUACAAACUACGCAAGGAGCGGCUCAAAGAGGAGUUGAGUGAGAACCAGUCGACCCCUAAGAAGGAGAAGCAGGAGUGGCUGUCCAAGCAGAAGGAGAAGCAGGAGUGGCUGUCCAAGCAGAAGGAAAACUUCCAGCACUUCCAGGCUGAGGAGGAAGCCAACCUGUUGAGGAGACAGAGGCAGUACCUGGAGCUGGAGUGCCGUGGUUUCAAACGGAGGAUACUCAUCGCCAGGCACAACGUGGAGCAGGAUCUGACACGAGAGGAGUUGAAUAAGCGUCAGACCCAGAAGGACUUGGAACAUGCCAUGUUGCUCAGACAUCACGAGUCGAUGCAGGAGCUGGAGUUCAGACAUCUGGGAACCAUCCAGAAGAUGAGGGCGGAGCAUAUCAGGACGCAGCACCAGACGGAACUGACCAAUCAGCUGGAGUACAACAAGAGGAGGGAGAGAGAACUGAGACGCAGACACGUCAUGGAGGUUCGACAGCAACCCAAGAGUUUAAAGUCCAAAGAGCUGCAGAUUAAGAAGCAGUUCCAGGACACGUGUAAGAUCCAGACACGGCAGUUCAAGGUCCUGAAGAACCACCUGUUGGAGAGCACUCCCAAGGCCGACCACAAGGUGGUGCUCAAGAGGCUGAAGGAGGAGCAGACCAGGAAACUGGCCAUUCUGGCCGAGCAGUACGACCACUCGAACAACCACAUGUUGUCCACACAGGCUCUGCGUUUGGACGAAGCGCAAGAGGGUGAGUGUCAGGUGCUGAGGCAGCAGCUGCAUCAGGAGUUGGAGCUGCUGAACGCCUACCAGAGUAAAAUCAAGAUGCAGACAGACGCCCAGCACGACAGAGAGAGGAAGGACCUGGAGCAGAGAGUGUCGCUCCGCAGGGCUCUACUGGAACACAAGAUUGAGGAGGAGAUGCUGUCUCUGCAGAGCGAGCGUGUGGAGCGUAUCAGGUCUCUGUUGGAGCGCCAGGCCAGGGAGAUGGAGGCCUUCGACUCAGAGUCCAUGAGACUAGGCUUCAGCACCAUGGUGCUGUCCAACGUGCAGGGCUCGGACGCACACGGCAGCCCGGGGGGGUCUGGAGCGUCUCAACAAAGCCAUCACCAGGGGGGGUCCAGCUCCCAGCAGCCGUGGGGUCACCCUGUGCUGGCUGGGGGACCCCCUCCCUGGAGCCUGCACCAGCCCUCUGGAGGGGGGAGUCAGAGGGGGAGUGGGGUGGGAGUGGGGGGGGUCAAGAACAGCCCCCAGGUUAUGAGGAGGGCGUCGACGUCGGGAGGUGGGCGGAGCGAACAGGGCAUGAGCAGGAGCGCCAGCAUCACCUCCCAGAUCUCCAACGGAUCACACCUGUCAUACACCUAGACACACACACACACACCACACACACACACACACACACACACACACACACACACCACACACACACCACACACACAGACACACACACACACACACACAGACUGACUGAAGUCACACACACUGAAGACACACACGCACACACUGAAGUCACACACACACAGACGAUGAACACACUUGUCGUUAGCCUUGAAACACACACAGCUGGUGUACCAACCAUCUUAACACACACUGAACUAAACACACUUGUGAUUUGGGGCGGCAGGUAGUCUAGUGGUUAGAGUGUAGGGGGGUUAGGUAGUCUAGUGGUUAGAGUGUGGGGCAGCAGGUAGUCUAGUGGUUAGAGUG